GCCCGCCCCGGGCCUCUGCUCGCGGUGGACUCGUCAUGGCGACCGAACGGAGGCCUUUCCACCUGGUGGUGUUCGGCGCCUCUGGCUUCACCGGCCAGUUCGUGACCGAGGAGGUGGCGCGGGAGCAGGCGGACCCGGAGCGGAGCUCCCGCCUGCCCUGGGCCGUGGCGGGCCGCUGCCGGGAGAAGCUGCAGCGAGUGCUGGACAGGGCGGCCCUGCGGCUGGGAAGACCAACACUCUCAUCUGAAGUUGGAAUAAUCAUUUGUGAUAUCUCUGAUCCAGCCUCACUUGAUGAAAUGGCUAAACAGGCAACAGUUGUCCUCAGUUGCGUAGGACCAUAUCGAUUUUAUGGAGAACCUGUGGUAAAAGCAUGUAUUGAAAAUGGAACCAGUUGUAUUGACAUCAGUGGAGAGCCUCAGUUUCUGGAACUAAUGCAUUGGAAGUAUCAUGAGAAAGCUGCAGAAAAAGGGGUUUAUAUCAUUGGAAGCAGUGGCUUUGACUCCAUUCCGGCUGAUCUGGGAGUAAUAUAUACCAGAAAUAAAAUGAAUGGUACUUUGACUGCUGUGGAAAGUUUCUUAACUAUACAUUCAGGAUCUGAGGGGUUGUGCAUUCAUGAUGGUACCUGGAAGUCAGCAGUUUAUGGUUUUGGAGAUCAGAGUAAUUUGAGAAAACUACGAAAUGCAUCAAAUCUGAAACCUGUCCCGCUUGUUGGUCCAAAAUUGAAAAGAAGGUGGACAAUUUCUUACUGUAGAGAACUCAAUAGUUAUUCCAUUCCUUUUUUGGGAUCUGAUGUGUCUGUUGUGAAGAGGACUCAGCGUUACUUGUAUGAAAAUUUAGAAGAAUCACCAGUUCAGUAUACUGCUUAUAUAACUGUGGGAGGCAUCACCUCUGUUAUUAAGCUGAUGUUUGCAGGACUUUUCUUUUUAUUAUUUGCGAGGUUUGGCAUUGGGAGGCAACUUCUCAUAAAAUUCCCAUGGUUCUUCUCCUUCGGUUAUUUUUCAAAACAAGGUCCAACACAAAAACAGAUAGAUGCCUCAUCAUUUACACUGACAUUCCUUGGUCAAGGAUAUAGUCAAGGGCUUGGUAUUGAUAAGAACAAACCAAAUAUCAGAAUUUGUACUCAGGUGAAAGGACCAGAGGCUGGUUACGUGGCUACUCCCAUAGCCAUGGUUCAGGCAGCCAUGACCCUUCUAAAUGAUGUCUCUGAUCUUCCUAAGGCGGGCGGGGUCUUCACACCUGGAGCAGCUUUCUCCAGAACAAAGUUGAUUGACAGACUCAACAAACGUGGCAUUGAAUUUAGUGUUAUUAGCAGCUCUGAAGUCUAAACAUUUGAAGAAUUAACUGAAGUCGUAAAGUGCAUGAAUUAACAGCUUCUCUAUUUGAUAUCUGAAAUUCUUCUAUAAGCCUAUCUGACUGGAAAAGAUUGUCAAAUCUAAAAUAUCUACAUUAAAAGCAGGAAAUUUUACUAGCUUACCCAAAUUUCAAAUCUCAACUGAUUUUGUGAUUUUAUUGCUUAUAAGAGAGAACUAAUAUUUGACUGAUUCUCUUAUUGAAAUGUUCCUGGUAAAUUUUUAUGAAUGAGCUGGCAGGUCUGGUGGUAGAGGUGGUGUCCCUAUCCGUGUUGUUAACAACAUUCCUUAAUGGGGGUGUCCAGGCUGGCAUUCAUUUAGGGCAGUAACUGCUGCUUUCCUUGUCGUAGUAUGAAUGAAAUCUCACCUCCAGUGAGUUUCUUUACAUAUUGUGUGAACCUUUGCUAAAGGGAACUGCACUUUUUGCCAUUUUAGCCUAGUUUUUCACCUGUCUACACUGACUGAUUUUGGACUGUUACCUAAGUUGAAUAAUAAAGGAUUGUCAAUUGAAUGGUG